ACUUUAUCAGAAUUCCAGCCACGUUUACAGAUUCAAACACCCUAAAGCCAAAAAACGAAUAACUAUUCAAAUUGGUAAACAAACAUUUCCCGGAAAAAUUUUCUCGGGAUCCAAUCGAAGGUUCAACAUUAUGGUGUCUUCUCUGCAGUUCCUCCUUUUGCUUUGGAUCUCAUCGACCAUACUCGAGUUUUCGAGCUCGUAUGCGGAUGCAGCUGGCUCCAACGUCUCUGCCGCUAAAGUCAGGCAGAUUUCUUGGAAACCGAGAGCUUUCGUGUACGAAGGUUUUCUUUCGGAAGAAGAAUGCGAUCAUUUGAUAUCUCUUGCCAAAUCAGAGCUGAAGAGAUCUGCUGUCGCAGAUAAUGUGUCAGGGAAGAGCAGGCUCAGCGAAGUUAGGACUAGCUCCGGGAUGUUUAUCCGAAAGGGGAAGGAUCCUAUUGUUGCGGGAAUAGAGGACAAGAUUGCAGCAUGGACAUUUCUUCCAAAAGAUAAUGGGGAAGACAUGCAAGUGUUGAGAUAUGAGCCUGGACAGAAAUAUGACGCACACUACGAUUAUUUUGUUGACAAGGUUAAUAUUGCUCGUGGUGGACAUCGCAUAGCAACUGUACUCAUGUAUCUUUCUGAUGUGGUGAAAGGUGGUGAAACUGUUUUUCCCAUGGCAGAGGAACCUUCACGCCGUAAACCACUUCCAACAAAUGAUGAUUUAUCCGAGUGUGCAAGAAAAGGAAUUGCAGUAAAACCACGAAAAGGGGAUGCUCUUCUUUUCUUCAGCCUUCACCCAACUGCCAUUCCUGAUCCCAUGAGUCUCCAUGGAGGGUGCCCUGUGAUUGAAGGUGAGAAAUGGUCAGCGACAAAGUGGAUACAUGUGGACUCCUUUGACAAGAUCUUAAAACCCGGUGGGAACUGUACUGAUGAGAAUGACAGUUGUGAGAGAUGGGCUGCCCUUGGAGAAUGCACCAAGAACCCAGAAUACAUGCUAGGAUCUUCAGACCUUCCGGGUGCCUGUAGAAGGAGUUGCAAGGUAUGCUAGGCCGUUAACAUGUUAAUUUACAUUUCCAUUAGAAGAGUACCUACUGUAAACUUCAACAAGAUUGCUUUUAUUUGUCCUUUUGUAUCAUCUAUGCUCAUUAUUUUUUCUGUUAUUUGUUAGCAUGGUUUCACAGAAACAGACAAAACUAAGCCUUCAUUUUUGUUAUAAACAUGUUUGUCCUUCGUUUACUCCUU